ACAACCACAAGAACCACAGAGCAGCAGCAAGCACACAAGUAAGAAGUACGAGAAGCUGCUUGAGCUAGCCAGCCAUGGAGUACCUGUCUUCCAUAGCCGUCCUCCUACUCCUCUCCUGCUCCCUCGCGGCGGCGACGGUGCCGGCCGGCACGAUCGAGCGCGUGUCCAAGCAGCAGAUCCUGGCGAGCAUCCCGCCGGGCGGGCAUGCCGGCCCGCCCGUGCUGUUCCUCACGUCUCCGUCCGGCAAGUACGCGGCCUACUUCGUGCGCACGCACACUGUGCCUGGCGCCGGCGGGCUCGGCGCCGACUUCUGCUACGUCGAGGUGAUGGCCGGUGGCGGCAAGGCGGCCGAGGGCGGUGAAGGAGGCGGCGCUGCCGGGGGCGCGAGCGCGUGGGAGUCGGAGUGCCGGCCGGUGAGCACGGUGAACACGUGCACCCUGCUCUUCUCGUGGCAUGGGCUGGAGGUGUUCGACGGGAGCGAGGAGGUCUGGCACGGCGAGACCAACACCGACGGGACCAACUUCCUGCAGACGCUCGAGCUCGUCGACGACGGCGACAUGCGCGUCCGCGACAAGGACGGCGAGCUCGCGUGGCGGGCCAGCGACGAGCCGCGCCACGCGCAGCACUGCGGCGCGCCGGGGUCCCCGGGCCUCGCGGCCGCGCUGCCGACCUUCGCCGAGCCCAUCGGCGCGCACAGCAGCAGCCUGCCCUUCGGCCAGGUGCAGGGCGGCAACGGCCACGCGGCCGAGUUGCCGCAGGCGGCGGACCUCGGGGACGGAGUUGUUCCAGGGGCGGGAGCAGGUGGCCUGGGCGAUGGCUACGGCAUCGCACCGGCGGCAGGAGGGGCUGGAGGUGUUUCCCCAGGAGCAGGCGGCUUGGGCGACGGCUACGGCAUUGCACCGGCUGCGGGAAGCGCCGGAGGAGUUACCCCGGGGGCAGGUGGUUUCGGCGACGGCUACGGCAUUGCACCGACGGCAGGAGGCGCCGGAGAUGUUAUCCCGGGGGCAGGAUCCUUGGGUGACGGCUAUGGAAUUGCACCAGGCGCCGGGACAGGAGCCUUCGGCGGUGCCGGGGACGUGGCCGGACAGGGUCAAGCGGCGACGGCGGCCGGCGGUGUCACGGGAGCGGCAGGGUUCGGCAGCCAGCCGCUGGUGGACAACAGCCCCUACGACAGUGGAGCCUACAAGGGCAGCCGUGGAGCCCAUCUCGUGGCGAUUGGUGCUGCGGUGCUUGUCAGCGCCAUGGCCGUGGGCUUCUGAUGAUCGGGAAGACGGAUGAAUGGCAGUUUGGAUGUGUGCGCGUGCGUUUCUCUUUUCAUGUGUUGAUAUUAGGCAUAUGAUGUGCUUGUGAUUGUGGGUGGUAUCAAAUUUGUUGCUGUAUUUGUGCGAUUUGAGUAAAAAACUCAAACUUUAGUAAAAAUGGUUUUGUUCUAAA